AUGCGUUACACAGUGGCAUACCACGCUCUGUGUAUGGAGUCCAUACUAGUCACACUCUGUCGGUCUGUGCUGUGCGCCGUCUGCUGGGAAUUGCAAUCCGCCGGGAACAAAAUUCUUGGAAGAGACCGAGAAGCCCGAGUAUUCGUCCUGCGAUCACUGCGGAAUCUUAUCUCCGAAUUCUUCAUUCUUGACACCGAUUCUCUUCUCAAAAGCACUUCCACCCUCAUUUCUCUGUUGAUCCAAGUCCCUCCAGCGAUCAUUGCCAACUGGCCUGGCGGUCUCGCCGCUCUGCUGUGGGUGUGCGAGAGGGUCCGCGCAAGCACGUCUGGAGAGUUGUUUCUUCCUGGCGCACUGAAAGCCUCUCACAAUUACCACCUCCAACUUUCCAAACCUCCCUCGCCCACCUUGGAAGUGUCUCACCACACCGACCGAGCAUUUCACGAAGUUCACGACCGUCACGACCUUACCACGUUUACGACCUCGGCGCAACAGCGUCCACACCUCUCUGCCGUUCACCCCAAUCAUUCACGUCCAAUUGACCGUCGGCCACCCUCGGCGUCAGAUUCACAUCGAUCGUUACGCAGGACCCGCCGCUCACCUGACGUUCGUCGUUUACCACACCGGCGGACCGUCUCUCACGACAUCAGGUCUCCUGCGCAAGUAGUCCCCGUUGCGAUUGUUCCUGAACCCACUCCUGCUUUUCCACCAAUUCCGCCAGCUCUUUCCGAAGCUCAAACGGACGAACAGGGCUCAACCAUCGACGACCCGUACCAGCUCCUGACAUCCUCCUACUGGCCUCGCCGCACCACGGGCGUCUCUUCUCGAACCGCCUCGGCCAUCCUGUUCGCUCUUGAAGAGGGUAUCCGUCGCCCAUUCGCCUUCUCAACAGACUGGGAGGAAGUGAAUGCUUCGAUGCCCAAUAUGGUAGGUGUUGCUGGCGCCGCUGCGCCUGUGAACAAUGCCCGCAUCGCAAACGGUGGGCCCCGCGUGCCUCCGGUGGCUGCUGGUCCUCCUCAAGCCUCUUCGACCCAGCCGCCGAGUGGUAUGCGUACCCCGACGGAUAUCAUGAGACAACGUCGGGAUCGUGAAGCUCGCCGAAAAGCAGAACAAGAAGCCCGUGAAAGAGAGCAAGAAGAGAUUGAGCGACGGCAACUGGAGCAGGAGCAACUGCAGCAACAACAACAAUCGAAACUUGCCUCCGCCGAACCAUACGCUGCACCAGCACCGGCGCCCAUGGAUUCAGCCCCUCAACGUCGCGGCCAGCCUCGACCGUCCCAGAGAGGCUCGCAAACUCAGCCAGCUCCAGAAAAUGUGCCAAUGUCUGCACCAGGCACUGCGCCAGGCUAUCGACCAUCAACCAGCGCCGGACCGAUGGCGCCUCAACAAGACCAUUCAGCUUCUAUUGCUCCUCUUGCCCCGUCUGCGCGUGAACCGGAGAUGCCAUCGAACCCACCACGUCAGGGUCCAGCUCCACAGCAUGGUCGCUCGCAGAGUGCCGCUGCGGCUCCCGGACAGCUACCCGGCGCAACAGGUUUCUCCAAGUCAGUGCCCGCUCCAGGAGCCAGCGCCCUAGAAGGUGCAUCGCAGACACUUCAACAACCACGACGUGCAGGAUUUCCGCACGCGUUUGAAAGAUGGGAAACCCUUUCCUCUCAUUGGGAAGGUCUGACGAGCUACUGGAUUCGAAAGCUCGAGCAGCAGAAUGAGGAAUUGGAGCGAGACCCGCUCAGCCAACAGCUUGCCCGGCAGAUCACAGACCUAUCGGCCGCGGGUGCGAAUCUGUUCCACGCUGUCGUGGAGCUGCAGCGACUUCGGGCCUCCUCGGAGCGUAAGUUCCAGCGCUGGUUCUUCGAUACACGCGCCGAACAAGAACGGUCCAAAGAGGUACAGGGCGAAUUAGAGCGUCAACUUCAAGCGGAACGCCAGAGCCGUAUCGACGCCCUGGCCGCCGCUCAGGUGGCGGAGUCAGACAAGCUCAAGGCUGAAGAGCUACUGCGCGAGAUGCGACGUGAGCUUCAGAUUUCCAAAGAAGAAGCGCGACGCGCGUGGGAGGAACUGGGCCGCCGCGAGCAAGAGGAACGGGAUCGAACCAACUCUCUUCGUAACGGCGAACCCACUCUGGUCGGUGGUGUCCAGGUCGUUCCCAUGGUGCAAGGUGUACCCAGCCGCCAUCCAUCGCGACCCCCAACCCGGGAUGGUCCCUACACUGGCGGUCCCACGGCGACGUCCGUGACCACGGACAACCGAGGAAAACCGACCGAUCCGAACAUGGGUCGUACCUAUUACGACGAGAACACACCUGUGUCUCCAACUGGAUCUGACCCCUUUGUGGAGCCGAGAAAGACCGACCCUCCAGUCUCCAAGGCGCAAUAUCCGCCCAGCAACCAACUGUAUCCCCAGGAGCCUGCGACCACGCCGUAUGUCACACCGGCCACUGAGCCCGAUACCCAUUCCUACAUUGGUAGCAGCGACGCAGAAGAAGAAUACGCCGACUAUCAACGCGCCAACUCGCAGCAGUACCAUCAAUAUCCCACCGCCCCCCGCUCAGAGGAAAGCGAGGAGUAUGACCACAGCGUUGCCGAAGAUCCCCAUUACACGAGUGGCUCUUACACGACUUCAGGUAGCUCAGCGCCGGUGCAUGCCCCAUACCCCCCGACUUCAGCCGAUUACAGCGGCACGGGAUGGGGCGUGGGUACGGGGUGGGAAUCGGUCACGCCGCGCCAUCGUCACCCGACCCGUUUAAGCGACGUAUUGGAAGAAGAUGAACCGAGCCGAACAAGCCCAAGCCGUGCCAGUCAAGCCAGCCGCAGUAUGCAGUGA